GGAGUCGAAGAAGAAGCGAGCCGAGCCACAAGCGGAGCGACGCUCGUGCAGUCCCGCGGCCCAUCGCUGCAGCUUCACAUUGGAAACGUCAGGACGCGCGGUGGCACAUUCUGUCCGCUCGUUCUAGUGGGCCAGCACAGGCUGAGCUACGCGCCCAGGAUGGAUCUAUUCGGAGACCUGCCGGAGCCCCAGCACGCCGUCAGCGAGCGUCAGCCUCCCGGCCCCGCGGCGCCGGAGAGCAGCGUCAAGAGGAGACGCGACGAGGAGCAAGAGACGGAGAAGACCAAGAGGAUGUGUCAAGAAGGGCUGCUGCGUCUGCAGGGCUUUGUGUCUGAGUCUCAGGGAGAACGGGACGAGAUGGAGGACACUCACGUGAUGCUGAGUGACCUGCGAGAGUUGGGCCUGGACCAAGUCCCGGCCCACAUAUCCAAGGUCUCGUACUACGCCGUCUUUGACGGACACGGAGGCUCCCGGGCCUCCCGGUUCGCAGCCGACCACCUUCACAAGUAUCUGAUCCGGAACUUUCCCCGGGGGAAGACAGGCAACUUGGAGCAGCAGAUCAAAAAAUGUCUGGUGGACAGUUUUCGGCAAACGGAUGAGGAGUUCCUGAAGAAAGCCUCCCGCCAGAAGCCGGCCUGGAAGGAUGGCUGCACGGCCACCUGCGUCCUGGUGCUGGACCGCACCGUCUACGUGGCCAAUCUCGGGGACAGUCGGGCAGUGCUGUGCAGGGUGGAGCAGACGGACGGCAGUCAAAGGUCUGUGGUCCUGGCUCUCAGUCAAGAACAUAACCCCACCAUCUACGAAGAGCGGAUGAGGAUCCAGAGAGCUGGUGGAACUGUGAGGGACGGACGAGUGCUGGGAGUUCUGGAGGUUUCCAGGUCCAUUGGCGACGGUCAGUUCAAACGUUGUGGCGUCAUCUCAACGCCGGACCUGAGGAGGUGCCAGCUGACUCACAAGGAUCGGUUUCUCCUGGUGGCCUGUGAUGGCUUGUUCAAAGUCUUCUCCCCAGAAGAAGCGGUUAAGUUGGUCCUGCAGAUUCUCCAGGACGGAGGUCAGCUGGACUCAGCAACUCACCAACUUUGCAGUGAAGCAGUGAGAAGAGGCAGUGGAGACAAUGUGACUGUGAUGCUGCUCAGCGUGACAAACCCAGACCAGGCUGUUUCUCCAGCUGAUUUUAGUUGAAAUGACCAUAAAAGAACAAACUUUUCCAUCAGUGUGUCUCUUCAAUUCAGUAUGGAAUGUUGACUCUGGAGUUUU